GGAGGUGGAAAUGUUUGCCCCUCCGCAGGUUACUGUCACGGUCUAGUUGCGAUGAACAUGUUUUGUCGUCUCCUCGCUAGACGUGAGUACAGAGUCCACUUGUUGUCUUGUGCAUCUCACCUCUAUCAAACAUGCAUGUUACUUGACGAACAUUUUUAUUAUGUGUUAAGUGUGCUACACAACGAGUGAUAGUGUCAUCAAAAGUAUUCUCAGCGUGGCUGAAUUAUUAUAGUCUCUCUCCCAGGCAGACAUCGGAUGUUUGCUGUAUUGCGACACUUACCUGUGCAUGUGGUUUGUUUGCUUUGCUUUUCUCUCCGACUAGAUCUUCCCUCUUCAAUUCUGAAGUCUUUCGUGAUAUGUACAGGCGGGAGACCUAGCGGCGAGCUAUCAGAUGGAGGCAGUCAGGCCCAGCAGUCAGAAGACUAGUCCUCAGGAAAUACUAUUACCACAAGCCGAGGCAUUCUGGAUACAAUGGGUUGAGGCCGCCUUCCCUGACCUCGACUCUCGCGCCUACUUCCUGCCUCCUGUCUACUUCAACCGCGUGCCGAUGAACCAGGUGUCGGUCGCUGGUGAGCGUGCUCUUGUUCUUCAAAAACCACCUAAAAGUAUUAGUAAACCAGUGUCAUGUGAUACAACUACACCGUCAAACCAAACCUGUUUGAAUUCAACCCAGCCGUUGACAGUUGCCGUUGCUGCUGCUCAGAUGUCCACCCUACAACUGUCUCUUGUUCUGGAGAGUGAUGUCAGAGACGAUACAGCCAUGCAGCGGGUUCUCUUCUGUCUUCAGAAGUUGUCAGAGAAGACUAAAGAAGUUUUUGUUGGAAUCAGUCAGCUUCAGUUUGGACAGUACCUGGGUGAACCUUGUUACUCUGCUGCGGCUGCACACCUACCCCAACCCGCCAACCUUUCUCCUGACUUGCCACGGAAACUACGGGUUAGUCGUCUGUGA